GUCCGUCAACGGAAUGAAAACCAUUUUGCAAUUUCAAUAGUCGCAUUGCUACAAUCCCCGCAGAUUGUCUCUCAGCUUGAUCUUCGAAUUCAAGCAUGAAUGAGGAUGACCCUGUUGUCGAACUACGAGGCGAACAAGUUGCACUAUCUGAGAGCGAUCAACCUAUUUCGCGGACGCUUCCUGCACAAGAUCAGCUGAGACAAAAUGAUUCCGAGUGGGAAAAGGCUAGACAUAGGUGGUUCGAAAAUACUAAACAGGAGCGGCUCCUUGUUAGAGAAAUUCGAGCAACUCGUGAUAAAGAUCUCUCCAGGAUACUGUACCGAGCAUUUCUGGAGGGACGGCGCGGAAAAGGGCAGCGGCUAAAAAGGAAUUUCGUGACAGCAUGGCCGCUUCGACCACAAGAUUUGCAGCGAGGAGAAUACGGAUCGUCCCCGAAAGUAUUUCUCAUUCGACACGUCAAACCAGAAAUGCGAAACAGAUCGAAAGGGUAUGCAUUUAUCGAUCUAUCUGGAGAACAACCAAAUGCUUCACCUCAUCAGCAUGCUGCCGCUGAAAGCUCCGAUGAUGACGACAGAGUAUCAGACACAUCUGUUACUAAACCAUAUGGAAUUGCGGGAAGCGAUUAUGAUUCCUAUCGGUUUAAACCCGAGCCAGACACCCGGCCAGCCGCUCAGAUGGAGGAAGUCCUUUCAGCGCAUUUAACGAAAAUGAGCAAGGAAAAAUUUCGCGAGAGGUUGCGUAACCAUCACCUACUUAGCAAUGGCUACGAACCUUCAUCCGACGAUAAAUUGAUUGCCACUAGAUUGCGGCCUCUGGUACGAGAUCUGAUCGACUACCUGAAUAAUCUAUUAAGCGGUAUGCGAUACGAAGCAAGUGAACGGAAAAGGAAACGACGAGCUCUCAGCGAUUGGGAUACAGUGAUGCUGGUAGCUUCACAGCGUGGAUGGCCAAAUGAAGUCAUAUACCGUACGACGAAACGGUGCGAAACCAUUUUUGGGAGCAGUUCUCAGUGCGGACAGACAAGUGUCAAAUUUCUCCCGCUCGCGAAUACGGAGCGUAUACACCAAGGCGGAAUCACCAGGGAGUCACUUGGGCAUGUUCAAGGUCUAUCCACAACCGAGAAAUAUCCACAACCAGCAUCGGGAAACGACAAAGUUAGCAAAAGACGGCAUUUUUGUCCGGUAGAAAAGUGUCAACGACAUAGAGUUCCAUUCGCGCAACUACCGAACUUGGAGGAGCACAUGGAGAGGAGCCACUCGGAGAAGUUGACUUGAGCAAAUCGCAAUCUUGAUUCGAUCGAACGGAGAACGAGUUAAGAAAUCCAGGUUUAGCUCACUUAUUUGAUCCUCCGGGAGCACGCCAACAUCAGCUACGACAUUUUAGCGAACUGGGUUGGCAGUAAAGCUUCCACGCCAUGACGACGCUCAGCAACGGAUUAGACGCCUCGCUGGCUCUGGCACUGUUCCAUGAAUAACGAGCCCCUUCAUCUACGAUUACAGGGAAGCCAAUCAAGCAGUCGGGUCUUGCUAGCCAUGCACGACUCAGAUCGCCGCAUUUCUCAUACCUACUCAUACCUACUCAUCUCAUUACCCCAACUAAAAGCCUUUUCCGCCUAAGAACAUCAGUUGUUGUUUCAAGAGAGGGUGGAGUGUCAGACUAGCAUCUUAAGGAUUGUCGAUCGUGUAGUCUCAUGGUCUCUCUCCGAUGCCUGAACCUGAGUACAGGAGCACUGUUGCAACUAUUUCAAGCGCCUCGAUAGUAUUU